UAGCAGAGCUCUUCCUCGUGAGACCUCUUAAUCGGGCUGCGCCCAUGUCUUUGUGUUCUCAGAGUCUGCCCACCUUUGAAAAUGUCUUACAUGAAGAUUGUUUUCCAUCUUGCUGCCACUUACGCUGUCCAUGUCGGUAUGAGAUCGCCUACCGAGUCUCCCCCACGAUCCACACAUUUCGUACCGAAGAAGGGUUUUUGUUCUAUUGUAGAGACAAUAGCAAACUGUUUGCUUCGUCAGAAUGCUUUUGGUAUCAGGCCAACAUUCUUUUUUCUCGCCUUGUACUGGAUUGCGUGUCUGGCGGAAAUUUCGCUCGUUCUUUCAUCAUCUUAUCCUCAUUUGGGCGCCAGUCAAUUCAUAUCUUGUUUCGUUUUUUCAAGUCGUCAGGCCGUCCAAGUCGUCUCCCCUUCACCAUUAUUUAUUUUCGCCGCCAUCCUAACAGUCGGAGGCGGAUGGAUACGCUAUCAUUGUUAUCGCAAGCUGGGAAAGGCAUUCACUUUCGAAAUCACUCGUACAUCGGACCACCAGCUUGUCACAUCGGGUGCCUACUCUAUAGUGCGCCAUCCAGCCUAUGGCGGAAUGAUGAUGUCCUUCAUAGGCAUUACGACAAUUCAUUUAGGCCACGGCUCGUGGGUAAGGGAAAGUGGGGUGUUGAAAUCGGUGCUAGGGAUGUCCGUGGUUACAGGAUGGAAAGUCGGUAUGUUGGUUACUGUUCUCUCCGUGCUGAUGAGAGUGAAAACCGAAGACGAGUUUCUGAGAAGGGAGUUUGGGGAAAAGUGGGAGAAAUGGGCGGAUGCUGUUCCAUAUCGCCUAGUACCCGGACUUUACUGACUGAAAUAA